AUGAAGUCAAUUUUAUUGUUGAUUUCAACUUUCAGAAUCAUUUCUGCAAUUCAGAUGUAUGACUUUCUUAAAGAAGACGCUGAAAUUUAUAUUGAAGAUUGUGCAAAGAAAGGCGAAUUGUCUCGAUCUUGUGAUGAUUUCAAUCCAAAAGCAUUUCGUGAUCUUCCAAGUGAUAUGAUGUCGCUCUGCAAAGACGCUUAUCUUAUUAAAUGCAUUGAAAAAUCAGAUGAAAUUUAUUGCAAGGAAGGCGAAGCAGCAGCAAUUCAAGGAAAAGAUUGCAAGCAUUUGAAAUCGGACACUUCACAAAAAUGUUGCAACGCUUGCAAAUUGGGUUUAAAUUACAAGAAACUAAAAAUUGGCUGUGCAUUUGAUUCUCAAAUCAUCAGCAAUGUUUCAAAAGGAAUUGUUUUAAAAUGUUGUAACGUGAUAGAGAAGAAAAACUUUUAUGACGAUUACGAUGACGAAUAUAAUGAAAUUGACUCUUUCUUUAGUAACGAGGAAACUAAACCAUUCAAAAUUGAAUACAAAUCUUUUAUAAUGAAACCUGAAGCGUUGACAUUAACAACAUCAAAACCAAUCAGUUGCAAGGAGUACAAUCCAUGUGAUGAAAAUCAAAUUUGUGUUGAGAACUCAGACAAUUACAAAUGUGACUGUAAGCCAGGAUUUAGUGCUGAUAAGAAUGGAAAUUGUCAUGACAUUGAUGAAUGUAGUAAAGGUUUGCACAACUGUUCAAAACAACAUCGGCAAUGUGUUAACUUGGAAGGAUCGCACAAAUGUGGUGAUUGUGUCAGUGGUUACGAGAAACUCUACCUUGACUAUGACUUGUAUGGUGACAUUGAUUCCAUUUGUCAAGACAUCGAUGAAUGUGCAACUCCUGGCACCUGUUCUGACAAUCAAAAGUGUGAAAAUCUUCCUGGAUCACAUCGAUGCAUUGUGAAAUGUCAUCACGGUUUCAUAAUGAUCGAUAAUAAAUGUGUUGAUAUUGAUGAAUGUCAAGAUAAGAAGAAAUGUCAAUGGAAAUGUGAAAAUAAUGUUGGUUCAUAUCAAUGUCAUUGCCCGCUAGGAUAUUUGAGAAAUUCCAAUGGAAUUUGUAGUGACAUUGAUGAGUGUAAAUUAAAUCGAUGUCGUGACGAUGAAAUCUGCAUAAACAUUAAAGGAAAUUAUCGAUGUAAUAAAAUUAAAUGCCCUGUUAAUUAUCAACGUUUCAAGAAUACGACUGAUUGCAGAUUGAAGGUUUGCAAGCAUCUUAAGUGCCACAGAAAUUAUUCAUUCAUUUUUAAAGCUGUAACGCCGACACAAAGAAACAAACGAAUUUACCAAUUCUUUGAUCAUUUGUCAGAAACAAACAUGCCAGAUGAAUAUUUCAAGAUCAAGAAAACAAAACAUGGAAACGAUCUAAUCAUGAUGAAAGCUCCGCAAGAUGACAUCGAAUUUGAAUUAACUUUGCAAUCAAAGGCAUCGGUGGAUUUUAUGAAGUGA